AUGGAUUUAGGCUUAGCAAGGAUCAAAUCUAACUUUUCUUCCUUAUCUAUCAAGCUCAAAUCUCAUAAACGACUUGACCUCAAUCUCAAUCAAGAUCAAGAUCAAAAGAAAAAAUGUGGACCAGAAGGUUUUCGAUCAUUCGUUCAAAAUGCCAAAGAUCAAAAUCCAAAUUACAGAAAAGAGAAAUUGAAAAUUAUGAAACCUGUUUCUUCGAAAGAUGGGUUUGGAUGGUUGAUGAACAGGAAAAGGAAUGACUGGGUCGAUGAGUGA